UUUUAAACUAUAAGUUAAAGAAUAUAAAUGAAGUUCAUUUUGAAUUUUGCGAAAAAAUUGGAGGCAGCAAUUGGCAACACGGUAUCCAUCUUUGUUUUGCGGUUUUUGUGGUAUUUGUCGUAGAGAACAUUUAUAAGUCAAAAUGCAGUUUAUGUUACUGUUUAGUCGACAAGGAAAAUUACGUCUUCAGAAAUGGUAUGUUGCUCAUCCUGAUAAAGUAAAAAAGAAAAUUACUCGUGAAUUAGUAACGACAAUCCUGGCUAGGAAACCAAAAAUGUGCUCUUUUCUAGAAUGGAAAGAUUUAAAGAUAGUGUAUAAAAGAUAUGCAAGUCUAUAUUUUUGCUGUGCUAUUGAACAAAGUGAUAAUGAACUUUUGACACUUGAAAUUAUUCAUCGUUAUGUGGAACUACUUGAUAAAUAUUUUGGGAGUGUUUGUGAACUGGACAUUAUUUUUAAUUUCGAAAAAGCAUACUUCAUCCUUGAUGAGUUGUUAUUAGGAGGUGAAAUUCAAGAAACUAGUAAGAAAAAUGUGCUUAAAGCGAUUGCUGCACAAGAUUUAUUGCAAGAGGAGGAGACACCGCAGGGAUUUUUUGAAGAUCACGGUCUUGGAUAAAGUAUCCCAUUUGAAGCUUGCUGCAACUGAAAUUACAGAAUUUAUACUGAAGUUGAAAAAUUUACAUAAUGUUAAUUGCAAAAUUAUCAGUAGCCUCACUCCAAACUAAUGUGUUCUCAGCAGAUUUAAUUACACAUUUCAUAAAGUAAUUACAUUGAAGAAAAUUUAUAUUCAUAGGAAAUAAUGGCUGUAAUUAUACAAUUUAUUUUAUAAAUAAUUAUCUUAAUGAUCAAAGCUAAUUACAUGAUUUUCAAAGUAAUUAAUAAUUAAAUUAAUUUUUAAAUUGGUAAAAUUAAUGAAAUAUUAAUAUUAAAUAAAUUAAAUUUUAAUUUAAAUGGAAAUAUUGUUUAUAUAAUUGCAUGAUAUAUUUUGUAUGAUGAGUAAGUAAUACUUGUUAUUCUGCUUUAAUUGUAUUGACGAAUUUAUGUUUUGUGGUUAUUGUUAGUUCAAUUAUAGUUUAAUUAGAAAAAAAUGAGUAUAUGAAAUUUUCGUAUAAUUUGUUUCAAAACAUUGUUUUUGAGAAAUUAUUGGUGAUAAAUUCGGGCAGUGUCUCUGAUGAUAAGCACUAUAUUUCACGUUAUUACAAUAGUGCUAUUUUCUAAAUUUACAUAUUUUUAAUUACAAUUAAUUGAAUCCUUCACUAUUAUGUGUAUACUUAACAUAAAGGGGCAUAUCAUGUCAAAUAAUACAGAUUUUGUUAAGUGCAGCUAUUAGGAUGAUGCACCAUGAAGUAUUUUGUAGCUGAUUGAUUCAUAAAAUCAUCAUAUACAUAUUUUGUUUUCUUAGUUAAUUUAGUUAGUUACACAAAAUUUAAUUACAUAAAAUAGUUAAUUGCAAUGAAAAUUUGAUAAGUUUCUAAAAAUCAAGGUUUAAAAAGGCAAGAAUGUAAAUCUUCAUAUUGAAUGAAUAUUUAAAGCAGAUACAUUUGGGGUGGCAAAAUUAAGGUAACAUUCAACAUACUACCACUCACCUCUUUUGAUUUUGACAAUUAAAAUAGAUGUUUGGUUGAACCUAUCAUUGGCAUUCAUUCAAUGCUACUUUAAUUUUGCCACCUGUGUGCAUCACCUUUGGUUUAUUUAUUCUUUUCCAAAAUAAUCUGAAUGUUAGCAUUGGUAUAAAUUUAUUCAGUAGAUACAUGGAUGAGUAGCACUUCUCACAUCUAAAAAUUAUAUAAAUAUUUUUCUUUAUUUACAGUUAUUUACUGUUUUUUCUCUUAUUAGAUUCAAUUUUCAUUCACCUUAUAAUAAAUAAUGUAUUCAAAAUGUCACAACUCUAAGAAUGCUGAAAAGAUUGUUUCAAAUAGAUAAAUGCCCAUUUUUAUGGAAAAGAUACCAUUAAAUAUUCAUUCACAGAAUUUAUGCUUUAUCCUUUUUAAUAUCUAAUGAUUCAUUUAUUAAAUUUUAUUAUCUCAUUAGUUGUGUAUUCAUAGCUAAUACUGAAACAUUAACAGAUAAAAAGAGUAAAACUGCAUUAAAUUAUAACUUUAAUUUGUGCAAAAAUAAUGCUUGGAUUAGUGCAGUUGUUUCUUGAUAAUUUAAUGAAGUUUGUUAACUGUUUAAAUAUAUAAUUAAUUUAUUUUAGAUUAUUUUAUGAAAAGAUGGAAAAUAAUUUUACAUUAAACUAAAAAUUGAAGUCUAGGAAUCUGUUCAAUGUCAAAAAAUCAAAUGUGCUUAUUAUUAAAUUUAUCAGGGAUUUAAAACUAGGUUGUUUAUAGAAUACAAUAAAACAUAAGUUUAAUCAAACAUUUUGAUGAUAUUUAUAUUAUAAAGUAUAUAUAAAUACUUUAUAAGAAAAUUAAC